CUACUGAUGAGUUCUUUCUGGUACCACCAUGGCGCAAACUACAACACCUCCUCAAUGCCAUCACUGACGACCACCCCACGACUAAAGAUGUCGCAAUACCGCUCUACCAAAGACAUAUACCCCUUCACAACGCAGCCCAAGAAGAACAAAAAGUCCAAGGAAUCCCCUCAAAAGACUCGUGAAACCAUUUUGUGUGACCUCGAAACCCACUACCAAGACCUAGACGUGCCUGCCCGCGAGUAUGCCCUCGUCCGCGAUCUUGUAAACGACUGGAACGACCGCCGUCUGCUUGCUUUCUGGAAGUGCUUCGAGCACCAUCCACGACGAACGUCUCAGGUUGUGGGUGCGAUGGGACUGGACUUUGGCGAGGCUAGAACGACUAUGGUGAUCAGGCGCGCGCUUCGCAAGCUGCAGAAGCAUCUGCAAAAAGACCGCUUUUUGGUGGUGGCAAGGGCACUGCAUCAGUUUGGGAAUGGUGAUGAUGUGCUGGGGCUGGAGGAUCCGCAGUAUGUGUUGAAUUGUCGCCAUGUCUCGGACGAUGCGUUGUAA